CGCUUGUGGAGACCGAUCUUAUCAAUAUCGAACUCUCUCAAUGCCAUCCACGAGGGGAAUUUUUGCUUUGUGAAAUGCGUACUGGACCCUCUGUUCAAUCUUAUCAUUAUCUUCCUACGUUUAGACCGUGUCCUGGUCCCUUGACCUCCUCCUGAUCGUCCCUCCAGCGUCUAGGAGCAGAGCUCCUCCUGCGUUUCCUACCCCUCCGCCCUACAGAGCACAUCAACAUGUAUUCGUCCACAUUCGCCCCCGGCUUGACUCGUAGGGACACGAAUAAAUCUUCGAUAGGCGUGGAUGCUGUAUCUAGCGCUGUUCCUCCGCCAUUAGCGAGUGCUGGCAGCUCAUUGGGUCCGCAAAGCGCCGCAGCAAUUUAUCAACAUAUUCAUGAGAUGGCCACCAAACGAAUAUCUACUUUCGAUUACCUGCGAAAAGCUCAUGAAGGUCGCAUCUAUUGGUUUAAUACCGUACAUUUCUCCCGCGCUGACAUCAGCCGAAUUCCUUACUUUGACUCUAGAAAGCUUUCACGACGGGCAAUCAACUAUCUUCUUCUCGGGCUAUCCCUUCCACCGAUUCUCGAUGUCAGUGCAACCCCGGCAGAGUAUCUAAGGGCACUGAACGCGCUCUUGAUGGAGUUCGAGGCCUUUCAACAAGUACAUCCCCCGGAGGGAACUUCGUCCUCCACGCUUGCCAGAGCACGUAUUCCGCAAAUGUUUAAACGGGCUACGCAUAGUGGAACAAAGGCUAGGAGGGCGAGCUCUGCCACGGAGAUCGGGCUGCCUAUGCAGUCUAGUGAUCCCUCGGAUCUGAAGCUGAUGGCGGGCAGCGUGGCUUCGUCAGCCAGUGCCGCUGCCAGUAUUUCAUUCCCUCAUACCGAGGCCUCGGAGCUUCUCCCUGGAGAGGAGUACUCAUAUCUCCUAACACCAUCAUUACCGUUUGAGCCGGACUAUUUCGAGACAUUCGUGACGCUGUGCGACAUCUUGAUAGACUGUUAUACUCGACUCGUUGCUCUGAUAUCAACUCCCUCGGUUUGUACGGUUGCUUUAGGCGAGCUAUUUACCAAGGCCGACGCCAAACUCCGAAAGAUUAUUGUGGCCGGUAUUGUGCGCGAGUUUGAGGACGCAAGUCGCAAUAAUGCCAAAAAUGAAGUGGCUGGAGUUAGCCGCGUUGUAUUGGGUGGCUUGCUUGGGUAAUGUCUAGAGACUAUUUGAACGACUUGGAACAUAUAUGAUGCAAUGAGCUCCAAUUACUACAUCUUUACUAGAAAAGGUGAAAACCG